GUGACAUGGUUGGCAAAAUAAAAAAUAGGUUGCUCACAAAAAUGAUUUUCCGGCCCACACGCCCAAUGUUACACGGCAGUAACACAAGCAAUAAGAAAUCCUUUAGCGUCGAUUUCAUAUUCCCCUUUUUUCUUGCGUUUCUUUUCUGUUACCUCUUUUUGCUCCGGCUCCCUUUCCAUUCCUUCAUUCGAAAUUGCACAAGAUGGCUACUAUAGCGCUGGUUAGCUUGUGUAUCGCCUCCGUCAUAGACGCGUCUUCCGAUUUCAGACCCGUUGAAGAUUACCAAAAGAUGAACAAGCGUGCUGAAUCAACGACCAAAGAGGCUGAAAAGACUACUACUAAGAAGACCACAGCCAAGGCCACCACCACCAAAAAAACAACCACUACCAAAAAAACCACGACAACCAAAAAGGCUACAACAACUGUAAAGGCAUCCAGCGUUGCAGCAUCGACCGCUGUUGCCUCACAAUCGCUUCCGGGCGGCAUUGUCAUACCUACAACUACAGCUGGUAGUGCCACAGGGACCGAUGUGGCCUCACCAUCCCCUAGUAUCAGCCCUGAUGCCUCGGCCAGCUCAGGUUUAUCGGGUGGAGCUAUUGGUGGAAUUAUCGGUGGAGUCGCUGUAGCUGCUAUUGGUGUGGGUGCCUUCGCUUUCAUUCGAAACAAGCGUAGAAAUAAGCCUACAACUCCCAACUACAGACGGUCUAUGCGACAGAGCAUGGCUGAUCCUUUCUCUAUGGGUUUUGUGGCUCCCAACAAACCUCAACCCAUGCCAAUGCAAGAUAAUCCCUUCCCACCUGCCGCUCCCUAUGAGCGCUUGGAGGAACCAAAGUCAUUGGGUGUCUACAAUGUCGUCUCUACCUACACGCCCACUCUAGGCGACGAAAUUGAUAUACGAUCUGGUGAUCGCAUUCGUGUUCUCGUAGAGUACGAUGAUGGCUGGAUGCUUGGUGAAAAUAUAUCUAAUGGAGAUGCAAAGGGUGUUUUCCCUCGUCACUGCAUAGAUUAUCCCGGAAACGAUACCUACGUCCAACCCGCUUACACUGCCCAAGAUCAAAAUCGACCGGAUUCCAUGCUCCAUGUAGCCGAUAACCGACGCAGCAAACGUAUCAGUUCACUCUACUCUGCAAACGAUAUGAAAUAAGAGAUGGCCUCUGGUUCUCUCAUUUAUCCUUCUAUAUACUCCUUCAUUAUUCACCUACUAUCGUGCUCUUAGUGGCAGUGAUUUUUCUCCCUCCGCAUUUAGCGAACCCACUCUCCC